CCCUCUACACACUACAGCCUCUAAAUCCAGCAGCCUUUUUUUGAGACCCAAAACUUAUAUAUGUCCUUAUUCUUCUCUGUGGAAAAAACCCAAGAGCAAUAACAGCAUCUUCUCUCUUGAUUUAUAUUCUUUUUUCCAUUGAAUUUGCUUUUGAUACAUUGAAGGAGAGAAAUUGGGUUCUCUUUUUCAACACAGGAAAUUGUCUGCCUUGACCACUGGAAUCUUAAAAAGUGAUCAUUUUAGACCAGUGAUCCUCAGUCAUCAAACAAAUGAUUUGCACCUUCUCUGUAGCAUCUCUGGGUGUAACUCAACUUCACAAAAAUAUUGUAGACUCUACAAGCUAUUGAGAGAGUUGGACAAAACGAUGUCGUCUCUACGCGACGAAAGCCGAGAUCUUCGGAAGCAGAUGGGAUGCAUGAACGGAUUUUUUCAAAUAUUCGACCGUCACCAUUUCAUCACGGGCAGGCGUAUCAGCAGCUGCAGCAGCAAAAGGCUGCUUCAAGGUGGGCAGCACCAAAUGGAGCAGCAAUAUGCAAUGGAAAAGGGUGUGGAGAUGCAGAAAGAGAAGCCAAGAAUCUCGAGUGAAUCAUCCCGAGCCUCAUUUUCAUCAUCUUCAUGCUCAUCCACAUUCUCAUCUCUCGAUUUCAAUAGAGCCAUUCAGCCGGAGACACUUUCACUCAGACAAAUCAGCAUCCCGGCGGCCACCACCACGUCUUCGAGAUCGCAACACGAUCUCCGAGACGUGGUGAAGGAGUCGAUGCACAGAGAAGUCCGGAGUCUGUGCAUCAAAUCCCACAGCAACGACGAGAGGAGAGGGACCGUGAUGAAACACAUCGACUCACCCAGGCCUCCAAAAGCUAUAAUAGGUCCCGCUGGCGGAGCAGCGCCGCCUCGCGCUCCGGCCAAGGACGACCGCCUCGCGCUCCUCCCUCGAUUCUCUUACGACGGGAGAGAAUCGCGGGAGGUGUAUAAGUCGGCCAUGAAGCACAAGGAGCUGCCGAGGCUGUCGCUAGACAGCAAAACCAAUUCCAUGAAGGCCUUCGAGUCGAGGCUCAACUUUCUGGGAAGUGUGGAGAAUGAGAAAUCCAGCCAACCCCUCCGAUCGAGUCGAGAACACGGAAGCCAUCAACGAACGUCGAGCGUCGUCGCGAGGCUGAUGGGGUUGGAUGCUCUCCCGGGCUCCGUUUCCACGGACGACGACGUCAGGACUCCCACGAUCAAAGCUUUUCUUCCGCAGACAGCAGAGGAACAGAGCAAGCAAAAUCAAAUGAAACAUUCUCCUCGCGCUUCACAGUCAUCAAGAUCACAGAGCGCCAAUUCCGCCCGGAAACCAAGCACGUUGUCGAGGUUUCCGGUGGAAGCAGCUCCCUGGAGGCAACCGGAUUCCUCCAGGAGUAAAAAAGCUGCUGCAAGCACCCUGCAUCAAACUUCAGUUUAUGGUGAGAUUGAGAAGAGGGUAACAGAGCUCGAAUUCAAGAAGUCCGGUAAGGACCUCAGAGCUCUGAAACAGAUACUCGAAGCAAUGCAGAAGACGAGAGCUCGAAUGGAGGGCGAGAGAGGAGAAGCUGCGCAGCUCAGCUCGCAUCAGAAUUCCAAGUUGCCAAUGUGGAAGAAAAACAGGGAGCCUUGCAGCCCGAAGCAACUAGAUUCGAUUGUGAUCGCGAAACCAGCCAGAGUGAUGGAGAAAGUUAGGCUCUCAGUUCCAACUCGAGCCUCCACGGCGGAGACACCACAUCUGCGGACCCCUAAAUAUCAGAGAAGUUGUUCAGUUCACAGCCAAAAGGCAAACAAUCUCACGCAGGAGAAUAGAAAUGUCAAGAAUCAAGGUCGACAUCUUGCUUCUCCGGAACUAGACAGAGCCUCGACAACGACUCCACGCAUGAAAGUAGUGAGUCCAAGAUUGCAACAGAAUCAUCCGAGGAGGGCAGAAGUUGCAGAAUCGGCGAGGGUAAGAAAGUAUGGCAGCCAGAGAGGCAAUCAGAGCAGGAAAAACAGAGUGAGAGCAAAGGAUGAGCAGUUGAGUGAGGACCAAAUGAGCGAGAUUAGCGGUGAGACGAGAUACUCGAGUUACCAAGGCGACGCAGCUUCUGUUGUAUCAGAGCAGUCGGAAACAGAGGUCACGAGCGUGGCUCGCUCUAUCAGAACAAAUACGCGACGAGAUAAGAAUCUUGUGUCGCACGUGCCAGCAGUCGAAAGCGCCGCAACCAUGCUGGAACAGCCUAGCCCCAUCUCAGUUCUCGACGACACAUUUUAUUCUGAAGAUUCACCAUCUCCAGUAAAGAAAAUAACAACAGUUUUUCAAGAAGAAGAGAGCCAAUGCCCCGACGAAGCAGAAUGGUGUCUGCAGCAUCUGAAUCAUUUAAUGGACGGCACAAGAUUGGAUCACAGUUUCAAACACAACCAGAAGUUAGAAAACACGAAAUACUCAGUUAAAGAGCUUACACAGUCGAACAAAGAAGAAGCUGCAAGUCACAACGAGAGCCUAAAUCCUGACUACAGAUACGUUAACAAGAUACUACUGACAUCCGGGCUCCUCAGAGACCCGAGCUUCGUCUCGACAACCACCGAGAAGCUCUUCGCCUCGCACCAUCUGAUCAAUCCGGACAUGUUCCACGUGCUGGAACAGACCGAGGCAGUGAAUGAGAAGAAGAGAAUCCAGAGAAAGAUGAUCUUCGAUCUCGUAGACGAAAUACUAGUACGCAAAAUCGUGUCGAGCGGAUUAUACAGAGUUGAAAAGAGAGGGGCGAGUCCGCAGGGGCUGCUGAAGGAGGUGCAUUCGGAGAUGGAGCGUCUGCGCAGGGUAUCAGAUCGCGACGACGUGGAUGAGGAAGAUGAGACGAGCAGAGCGUUGGCUGCGGAUAUGAUGCAUGGUGCAGAAGAUUGGGUGGAUUGCAGCGGUGAGGUUCCCUCUCUUGUGCUGGACAUUGAACGCCAGAUAUUCAAGGACCUGAUAAAUGAGGUGAUCGCCGGCGAUGUUGUGGACGCCGCCGGCGAUUGGCCGAAGCGGCACUGCAGGAAACUGUUUGCCAAGUAGUAGCUCUGAUGUAUCAAGAAUUCAAGAUGCAUGUAAUGUAGAAUAUAACAUGUGUGGAGUAAUGUAUAAAGAAAUAUAACCCCUCUAGAAUUAUAGAGCACAUCUCACUUAUUGAA